UCCUCCCACUUCCUGGUGAGACUGAUCCCAGUCGCUCUCCGUAGGACUCAUCCUCUCGGUUCCUUCCCUCAGAAGAGGCCCAUGGAUUAGAGACCCAUUUAAGAGAGAGUAGGCCUGGCUGGGCCAAUUUUGGGGAGAAAGUCUGGGCUGGGAUUGAAGGGAGCUCAAUGGGAAGUCAAGGAAUCCCUUAUUAUCCAUAGUGGUUGAUGUUUGUAUUAUUACCUCAUUUUGUAUGUUCACUGCCUGUUUUACUGCAUGUUGUGUUUUAACUGCUUAUUUUAUUUGAUCGUUGUAUCAUUGUUUUUUAGUUAUAGUUAUUGGUUUUAACUUGUCGUAUUUUGUUUUUGUUUUGGGCUUGGCCCCAUGUUAGUUGCCCCGAGUCCCUUCGGGGAGAUGGUUGCGGGAUAGAAAAAUAAAGUAUUAUUAUUAUUAUUAUUAUUAUUACAGUAGAGUCUCACUUAUCCAACAUUCGCUUAUCCAACGUUCUGGAUUAUCCAACGCAGUCUGCCUUUUAGUAGCCAAUGUUUUCAAUACAUUGUGAUGUUUUGGUACUAAAUUCGUAAAUACAGCAAUUACUAUGUAGCAUUAUUGCAUAUUGAACUACUUUUUCUGUCAAAUUUGUUGUUAAACAUGAUGUUUGGGGCUUAAUUUGUAAAAUCAUAACCUAAUUUGAUGUUUAAAAGGCUUUUUCUCAAUCCCUCCUUAUUAUCCAACAUAUUUGCUUAUAAUAAUAAUAAUAAUAAUAAAACUUUAUUUAUACCCCGCCACCAUCUCCCUGUGGGGACUCGGGGCAGCUUACAUGGGGCAGAGGCCCAAACAACAUAGAACAAAACAUAGGCAACAUAAUACAAAUCACACUAUAAAAAGAUAAAACAGUAAUACAAUAUAUCAAUUAAAACAAAAAUACAGGAUAAAAAAUUGCAUUUAAAACACACAAAUGGUAAAAUCGUAAUAAAAACGGGAUAGAUUAUUAAAAACCCAAUGCUUAUCCAAUGUUCUGCCGGACUAUUUAUGUUGGAUAAGUGAGACUCUACUGUAUUGGUUUUAACUUGUAUUUUGUUUUUGUUUUGGGCUUGGCCCCAUGUUAGCUGCCCUGAGUCCCUUCGGGGAGAUGGUGGCAGGAUAGAAAAAUAAAUAAUAAUAAUAAUAAUUAUUAUUAUUAUUAUUAUUGGCUGAGAAUUUUGGAGUAGAGCCUUUUCUGUUGAGAGAAGAGGGAGGAAGACCAUCUUGGAUCAAGUUUGGUUCUUCAUCAAACAGUGGUUCCAACAUGGGGACACCCUACUCAUCUCGACCUGAAGCAAGACUUGGGAGCAGUGGGGCAUCCUGGGGAAAGACUACACAUAAGUUCCUAAGUAUUGACAUUUAUAGCUCAGAUAUACAGCGUCAGCACUUCAGGCAGUCCUCCUACCGAGAGGGUGAGGGACCCAGAGAGGUUUGCCACCGCCUCCACGAUCUGUGCCGCCAGUGGCUGAAGCCAGAGCAACACACCAAGGCUGAGAUGUUGGACCUGGUGAUCCUGGAGCAGUUCCUGAGCAUCCUGCCCCCAGAGAUGGGGAGCUGGGUCCGAGAGUGUGGGGCAGAGACCUGUUCCCAGGCAGUGGCCCUGGCGGAAGGCUUUCUCCUGAGUCGAGCAGAGGACAAGAGGCAGGAAGAACAGUGUGGGGCAGAGACCUGUUCCCAGGCGGUGACCCUGGCGGAAGACUUCCUCCUGAGUUGGGCAGAGGACAAGAAGCAGGAAGAACAGACCCAAAAUAACUGUACUGAAGUCCAGCCUGAUGUCCCUGCAUCAGAAAAAUCUCACUCAGAUGCCAGCCAGAGCCUCCAGCAGAAGGAGCUGAUGCAGGAAGGAGAUGGGGCUGCAGCCUUGCAGGGGGCUGAAAUGAUGUUGCCGAAUCCUCAGUCGUUUCUUCCCCUUUGUGAUGGUGUGGAACUGAAUCAGGGCCCAAUCACCUUUGAGGACGUGGCUGUCCAUUUCUCUUUGGAAGAGUGGGUUCUUCUGAAUGCUGAUCAGAUAGUAUUGCACAUGCAGACCAUGGAGGAGAUUCGUGGGAUUGUAAACUCUCUUGCAGAAAACUGGAAGGAGAGCAAUGUACACACCAAACAAAAGAAGCAUUUGGAAAACAAUAGAGGAUUUCCUAGACACCAGCAAACCCACAGAGAAGAUGGAGAUUCUGCCAGAGAAAAGCUCUACAAAUGCAAUGUAUGUGGGCAGUGUUUUACCCAAAUGUUGGCAUUUGUGCUUCACAAUACACUCCAUGUUGGGAAAAGCCAUCUUGAAAGGAAAGUAUCAGCAAAAAGUGUUGCUGAUUACAAAUUACCACAUCUAAGCCAAGAAGAAAUCUUUGAAGGAACUGAGGAUUUCAUGAGCCAGGAGUGUGGGAAAUCAUUUAUACAGAGUUCACACUUGCUGAAACAUGAGAUAUUUCACACAGGACAGGAACCAUACCAAAGGCAGGAGUAUGGGGAGUGUUUUGUUUACAGUUCAGACUUGGUGAAGCACAAAACACUCCAAACUGGAGAUAAGCCAUACCAAUGCCAGGAGUGUGGGAAAUGUUUUACUAGCAGUUCACACUUGGUGAGCCACAAAAGACUCCACACAGGAGAGAAGCCUUACCAAUGCCAGGAGUGUGGGAAAUGUUUUACUAACAGUUCACACUUGGUGAACCACAAGAGACUCCACACAGGAGAGAAGCCUUACCAAUGCCAGGAGUGUGGGAAAUGUUUUGCUUCCAGUUCACACUUGGUGAGGCACAAAAGACUCCACACAGGAGAGAAGCCAUAUCAAUGCCAGGAGUGUGGGAAAUGUUUUGCUGAUGGUUCAGCCAUGCUGAGGCACAAAAGACUCCACACAGGAGAGAAGCCAUAUCAAUGCCAGGAGUGUGGGAAGUCUUUUGCUUACAGUUCAGACUUGGUGAGCCACAAAAGACUCCACACAGGAGAAAAGCCAUACCAAUGCCAGGUGUGUGGAAAAUGUUUUGCUUCCAGUUCAGCCAUGGUGAGCCACAAAAAACUCCACACAGGAGAGAAGCCUCACAUAUGCCCGGAGUGUGGAGAAUGUUUUACUCGGAGUUCAAACUUGCUGAGGCACAAAAGACUUCACAUAAUACAGAAGCCAUAGAUAUGUCAGGAAAUAUUUUGCUUACAGCUCAUGCUUGGAGAACAACAAAAAACUACACAGGAAAGAAAGGGUGAAAGUGCCAGAAGUAUGGGAAAUGUUUUACUCAGACUUCAUCCCUUAACAAGUACCAGAGAAUACACACAGGCUAAAAAACAUACAAAUGCCAGGCAUGUGGGAAAUGUUGUGUUUGAAGUGCAUACCUUUUGAACUAUCACAGACUACAUACAGGAGAGACAACAUACAAAGAGCUGGUAGAAAACUAAUAAAAUGAGUUGCAACAGGGAAAUGGCAGGUUCUGGACAUUUUGGUGCUGUAGACGAUACAUUGAACAUUUCCCGAUGAAUAUGUGUUAUUCCCUUGGCUGCCAGUACCACUUGGCUUGACUUUGGACCCAUUUCUUAGACAAUUCUCUUUUUAGUAUUGAAUUCUGUUCAGUUUUCUUGCUUUUUUGACUUGGUAAUGUUUUGGAGAAUUCUUAUUUUAAAAAGAAAUCAUAUGUAAUUCAAUCAAUUGUUUUUCUGGGCUUAGCUUUCAGCUCCUUUACCACCUUGGUUGCAGAUUUCACUUUGUGAAUGUUGUUUUUCAACUGGGAUUCCAGAAUUGUUCCCUGUGCUUUUGUUAAGGCAAAAACAAAGGAAAAGAUGCUUACACUAUUAUUUCCCGUGAUGUGCAAAUCAUAUCUAUAGCAUUUACUAUCUGUUUCCCUGCUCCUGGCAGACACACUUUUAAUCCACAUUAAAUUGAAAAACAUGAGUCUUGUUGUUACCCUGAAAAUAAGACAUCCCCAGAAAAUAAGACCUAGUAGAGGUUUUGCUGAAUUGCUAAAUAUAAGGCCUCCCACGAAAGUAAGACCUAGCAAAGUUUUUGUUUGGAAGCAUGCUUACCAAAUAGAGCAUGCAGGAUCGAUAAAUGUACGUACCAUAGAUGGUUGUACAAGAAAAUAAUGACAGUAACAAUACAUUCUUGAUAGGAUUCACAGUUUGGUCAUGCUGGUUUGUGAUGACAACUACUGAACAGUAAUAAAUGUUCAUUUUUUGGUUCAAAUGUGAAUCCUUUAUGGAAAAAUAAGACCUUUGGGAACAAAAAGUAAUAUAAGACAAUGCCUUAUUAUUGGGGAGACAUGGUAUUUUAGAAUUAACAAUGUUAUAUAUAAUUGAUUUUGUCAUAGACUAUGAGAAUUUGAAUUUUGCAGAAUUCAAGCCCCUGGAUCUUAUACACUAAGGAAAUAAUAGCUUUUAAUUGAGUUGCACAGAAACCUAGGAUAUUUAGCGCCUUAUAGUGUUGAUCUCCAUAUGGGUAGAUUGUUUUAACCUAAAUUAACUUAUUAUUUUAAUAUACUAGAAAAAAGGACUUAUGUUCCAGUUUGGGCUAUUUAUAAUGGUUUUAUUUUAUAUUGUGUAUUCUAAUGCUGCUGUAAACCGCCUUGAGUUAUUGGACAAAGACGAUAUAGAAAUUUCCCAAAUAAAUACGUUUGUCUGUAGAGUUUAAAAAAAGAAGAAGAAGAGUGUUUGUAUAAUUAAUACUAGCUUCCCAACUAUUCACUUCCAAUUGUUUGAGAAAAUCUAAUUACCAGUAAAGAGACCACCGUAUUUACAUGAA